AGACUAGAAAAGGAAAUUAAAAUGACUCAGCUUAAGGUGAAUUUGACCAUUUAUUUCCCCACACUGUGCAGUUUCCCCUUUUUUUCUUUUAUAUUAUCAAAAUGUCAGAUUCCAACCAAGCUCCUAGUGAACAGGCAAAGCUAGAACAGGCGGGCACAAUUACGCUGAGAGAAGAUAUGUUGAAACCAGCUGUUUCUUUUUUAACCUCUCCUAACGUUCAGUCCGCCGAUAAAGCCAAAAAGAUUGCCUUUCUGCAAAAGAAGGGCCUCACACAGGCAGAAAUUGACGAAGCAUUCAAAAGAGCUGGGGAUAAUACCACACAUUCUUUAUCAACAACGACAUCUGCCAAUAAUAAUGCUACUAACACGAUUGCCAGUCGUCCCAUGGUCCCACCAAGAACACAAGCACCUCAAAUCAUAUACCAACCGCUACCACCUACACCAUCUAUGCCGGCUGAGAAAGUGUUUGCAUUGGCUGUGGUUCUAGGCAUGAGUGCUUUCGGUCUUACAGCUGCUGUUAUUGGUAUUUUAAAGGUAAGCUGGCUUAAAGCUGUCUAUCAUUCAAUGCCCUCUAAUACAAUAUAGAAAUUCAUACAACCUAUUUUUCAUCGAAUUGCAGAGUAUCAACGAACACGAUAUAAUCAACGCAGGGAACUUGCUGAUAAAUUACUAGACGCAUUGAAAAAGCAUGAUUCCGAGAACGAUGACUUGGACGCCGUAAUAGAUCAAGGAGACGAAGCUACCCUCACAGACGCGCUCAUCAAGCACCAAGCCGACCUACAGACAAAAUUAC